UGUAUUGAAUUGAAUUGAAUCACAUUGGAUUGAAGUCCCAUGAUUUCUACCCAGCAUCAGACUCACUGAGAACCACCCAAUCUCAACAGUUUCUUGGCGCAGUGAGCAGGGUUUGAAAUAUCCUUCAGGAUCACGACCUACAAUCAAAUUAGAGGGUGAGAUUGUUCAUUUUUUAUUUGGUUGUGUGUCUCUGACUUGACUGGUGACUCUCUUACCUUUUGUAGUAAGCAAGUGCUGUUGAAGUGGGAAAUCAAAGAGGCUGUAAGGACCAACAGUUAGUGUAGGGGCCGGUAUAGCCAUAAGUACCUCUAGCUUAUGUGUUGGCAGGCCCAGAUCUCCUAAUUGGACAUUGUAAUUGUGCAGAUCAAUAAAUUGGAAAAAGGAUUAAUCUGCUGAUUGAGCAUUUCAGUCUGGAGUGUUUUAUUGGAAUAAAUUGUUAGUCUGUAAACAGAAUUGUAGUUAUAAAUUUGGAAAGAUGAAGGGAUUUAAUGAUCCACAAUAUGAAGAGUAUAUAGUUAGUGCUUUUAUAACUAUUGUAGUUGUAAGUUUAUUAGCUUUCUUGUGGAGAUAUUUUGGCUGUAUGAUUAAAAUAAAGGAUGACCACCCCCCAUUACAGGCAGGCAAAAUUGAUUUUGUGCGUAAACCACAAUAUUUAUCUGAGGAACAUGAUCUCCUCAGUGUAGAUGUAAGGUUGCUGGCUGUAAAAUCUGUCCUGUCUCAGUAUGACAAGGCAUUGAAACAAGGAUAUCCAACACAUGAUGACUAACUAUCCAACUAAACAGCCCUAUUAUGUUGCCUGUUGGUGUACAAGGUUAAAAAACAGUAAAGAGAAGGAUAAAAUGGCUGGUAUGUGUUUAAUUGUUGAUUAUGAACAGCUAGUUAGAAAGAGUGAUAUGCUAAAAGGAAGGGUAAGAGAGUUAGAAGCAGAGAUAGAAAAACUGCAAGCAGAAGCAAAAAAGUAUAAAGAAGCAGACUUGCAGGGAAAGAGAUCUUGUCCCUCAGCACCUUUGGACCCUACAUAUGGAACAUGGGGCUAUCAGUCUAGUUUCAUGGCUCCAGUGAGAGUGCACAUUGUCCCUAAUCCUAAUCCAGGGGAAGGGGACCCUGCUACUGUUAGUCGCCUAGAGCACACUCCUAUAAGCCCAUCUGACUUGCUGAGCAUGUUAAAAGAAUUGCCAUCUUUGCAGCUUAAUAACCCAAACCUACCCUUCUGGGGAAAGGUACAAGAGUGGAUGAUAGAGCGAGGCUUAUGUGCUUUUGAUGAUCACAUAGUGUUUUCAGCCUUGGACAUUAGCAAUGGCUUUUGGUCUGUUCCUGUGCACCCUGACAGUCAAUUUUGGUUUGCAUUUACUGUUAAAGGAAAGCAAUAUACCUUUACUCGCCUAAGCCAGAGUUUUCAUAACUCACCUACUUUGUUUCAUAGAGCCUUAGCUGAUGUGCUAGCAAAGCUGCCAGACAUGGCUUCUUGUGUUGUACAAUAUGUUGAUGAUAUUCUUAUCUCCUCCCCAGAUGGCCAAACGCACGCGAAAGACUUAGAAGUGAUCCUGCAACACUUGGCAGACAGUGGGGUAAAAUGUAAUGCAAAAAAGGCUCAGAUUGCAAAGGAGGAAGUAUCAUACCUGAGGUAUCUAAUAUCCAAGGGAAAGAAAUCUUUGGCAGUCCAUGUGGCAAGAUGGACUCAAUGGGAAACGAGCUUGCUAAUGCCUUCAGUACAUCUGCAAGAAGUAUCAUCGCUAAACCCUGCCACCCUCAUUCCUAGCCCAGAUGAGGGACACCCGCAUCAUUGUUGCCUUAAGGAAGAGCCCAUGGACUUUCCAUUGGUAAAAGAAACUGAAAUACCUGAUGCCCCUUGCCUAUACGUGGAUGGUUCUUCCUUCUAUGUCAACGGCAAGCGACACACAGGAUGGGCCAUUUGUACUCAAGAUGGGCAGCUGGUGGCGCAUGGCAGUUUACCUGGAGCAUCAGCCCAAGUAGCAAAACUGCAGGCAUUAAUUGCAGUAUAUGAAACUGCGGAAGGUCAUGCUAUAAGCAUAUAUACUGAUUCUAGAUACACGUUUGGGGUUGUACAUGAUUACCUUAACUUGUGGGUAAAUCGAGGAUUCCUGACAAGUACAGGAUCUGCAAUACAAAAUGGAGGGAUAGUGCAGAAACUUCAUGCAGCCAUGCAGAAGCCUACCGAAGUAGCAGUGAUAAAAGUGAGGGCCCACACAAAAGGGACAGAUCCUCAUAGCAAGGGGAACCAAAGGGCAGAAGAACUAGCUAAACAAGCAGCAGUGGAAAGUAAAGAGACCCAAUUAAUUGCUGCAACACAGCCUCUCAUAAAAACCCCAAACUUUUUUGAGUUAGAGGACAUUCAACACGCUGCACCGAGGGCAGAGAAGUGGCUAUGGAUGGAUAAUGGGGGCAAACUGUGUGAUGAUAACACUUGAAGAGGUCCAGGGAACACAUUAGUGUAACCAAAUGUGCUAAUGGGAACUAUGAUACAAGUGUAUCACAUGUUGGGACAUGAUGGAGCACGGAGGGUGAUUCACCGUAUGUCAAACACCUGGUGGCACCCUAAGCUUAAUGCAAACGUGCAUGAUUAUGUGAGAAGGUGUGUAACAUGUGCUCAAUGUAAUUCUGCUCCCACAGUAAAAGUGAGAAUGCGACAUCAGCAAAGACCAGCAUAGCCCUUCGAGCAGUUACAAAUAGAUUUCAUUGGUCCCCUGCCAAGGUGCAGAGGGAAAGAAUAUGUUCUGGUGAUCAUGGAUCACUUUACUAAAUGGGUAGAAGCUUUCCCAGUGGCCAAGGCCACUGCAGCUGAUGUAGCUAAAAUAUUGAUGUAAUUACCUGGGGAGGAGCCACUGGAUCAGUUGUAAAUGCCAUCACUCAAAUCUAAUACUAGGGACUGGGUUAAAAUUUGUUAGUAGCAGGAAUGGCAGUUUACUGUGGUAA